AUGUCGGAGACUGGCUGGGUCAAGAGUGCAAACUUUAGUCCCAGCCCUGACCGCAGCCAGCAACAGGCAGGACCGGGAAUGAGAUGGGUGGAAGCAUGCUUGGGAAAUAUAAAGGGAUUUGUGGAGGUAUUUAUGCAUAUAUAUCAGAUCAAUUGUGUGUAUGACAGUGCCUUUGACAGUAACAAGCAUCUGAAGACAAUUGUGCUUCAUCUUACUAACACAGCUGUCACUGGCCCAUGAUCCCUGACGCUUGUCUUAAUGCAGACAGGAACAAAUAGUAUGUCCUUUAUUCCAAUGACAGAUCUGGACAGCUUGGGUACUCUCAUCUUGGGCAGCAACCCUCCGUAUUUUCCUACUCAAUACCUCAAAUCCCUCAACUUUCAAAUGAACAACAGAAGAAAAAUCACAGCAGGAGAUGUCUGCGUUCUGCAGAAGACAAGCAAUAUAACUGUAAUCUUCAAAGACAAUGACAUUAUAUACAUUGAACCUGGAGCUUUCCAGUCCCAUUUCUACACUUUGGGUUUUGGGGGCUGUGCUGAUACCCUUGGGGUCCUGGCAGAUAUACAGAAUUCCACAGCUCAGACCCUUCACCUAGGAACAUCUCAUGGUGUGGAAAAGGAGCCGUGCAUAAGUGCAAAUGUUUUACAAGGCCUCUGUAAUAUCUCUGUCAAGGAUCUCUACCUGCAGCUACAGCACUUCAAAAUACUUAAACAUAGAUGCGUUUCCAUGCUUGACCAGGCUCUGAAAGACCUAACUCAAACCCACAUCAGUGCAUUGCUCCCCAGUAUGAGUGGCAUGAGCUCUCUAGCAGAGUUAGAUCUCAGUGCAAACUCCUUUGAACAUCAUGACAUCAGCUCUGCUGUCUCCCCUCUAUUGCCCACCUCCACCUCAAGGGGAAGGCAUGAUUCCUGGAGGUGGACUCUUGGCUGUUUAGAGAAACUGGCAAAGCUUCAACACCUUGGUUCAGUCAAAAGCCACACUGAAAGCUUUGACUGCUGUGAGGAAGCACUGACAGGUUUGAGCAGCCUUCAGUACCUGAAUCUCAGCCACAGCAUAAAGCUCCACCUCCAAGAUGUGCUCAUUAAGAACAGUGCUAACCUAGAGCUACUGGAUGUAGCCGUCACUCCUCUUCACGUCAACAACACACAGGGUCCUUGCUGAAAUUUGCAUCUUUUGCAGAUGCUCAAUGUUUCCUCCUGCCACAUUAAUACUAGCAUUCAGCAUCUAUUUCAAGGUCUGGAAAAUCUCAUGCAUUUGGACCUUAGUCAAAAAAACUUUGAUUCAGGGAUCAUGCCAAAGAACAACCUGUUCAAACAGCUAUCCAAUUUAGAGGUGCUAAUUUUAUCACCCUGUGAACUGAUAGCAAUAGGCAACCAAGCAUUCCACAGCCUCAUGAAGUUACAGUGUGUUGGUCUGAGCCACAAAACUGUAUUGAGCACAGAUGAAUUUCCAAACCUCAAGAACAUCUAUCUCAGUUUCACCCACUACAGGACCUGUAUUUUAUCAGGUGUCAAGGUAGCAUCCCUAGCUGGCCACUUUGUAAUCAAUUUAAGUUACAAGCCUCUGGAGUGCAGUGGUUUAGUCACCUGCUACACAGAGAAUCUGGAUGAAAUAGAAGACUCCUAAGGAACAAAAUGCUUUGAAACCAAACUGCUUGCUGGGCUCAGCCAGUCAUCAUCUAAUUCUUCUGUGGGUUCAACAUAG